GGCCCGUGGUGGCGGGCCUGCGGUGCCGGGGAUGGCGGACGGCGGCGCGGGAGCGGUGUCAACCCCGCCAGGGCCCCCCGCGGGGCUCUCGGCGUCCCAGCGCCGCGCAGAGCUGCGCCGCAGGAAGCUGCUCAUGAACUCGGAGGAGCGGAUCAACCGCAUCAUGGGCUUCCACCGGCCCGCGGUGGGCAAGGAUGAUGAAAGUCACACAGAAUUAAAGCUUCAGCAUGAGCAAGAUAAAUCAAACUCCCUUCCCAUUCCUUCAGUUUCCAAGCGGAUUGUGCUUGGUGAUUCUGUGUGUAAUGUGACAGGCUCAGCUGAUCACGCAGGCAGCAUGGCAGAGCUCAGAGGGGACAAGGACUUGUUUGGAAAAGCCCCAGAGCUGGUCACUGAGGGGACAGGCGAACUCCGUCACCGUCAAAGGGGAGAGCUGCCCUCUGAGGCUGCACCACGGCCACCGAGACACGGCUUGGAGCAGUACCUGUCCAGGUUUGAUGAAGCUCUGAAACUGAGGAACCAGCUGAUUAGUGAGAAGCCAAGCCAAGAGAAUGGGAAUGCGGUGGAGGAGUUUGAUUCUUUCCGCAUUUUCAGAUUGGUGGGAUGUGCUCUGCUUGCCAUCGCGGUCAGGGCUUUUGUAUGCAAGUACCUGUCAAUAUUUGCACCAUUUCUUACUCUACAACUUGCUUACAUGGGACUGUCCAAGUACUUUCCAAAGUGUGAGAAGAAGGUGAAAACGACAGUACUGACUGCUGCUCUUCUCCUGUCUGGAAUCCCUGCAGAAGUGAUCAGUCGCUCCAUGGACACCUACAACAAAAUGGGAGAUGUUUUCACAGACCUUUGUGUCUAUUUCUUUACUUUUAUCUUUUGCCAUGAACUUACUUUGGUUUUUGGCUCUGAAGUACCAUGAUGGCUGUAGAAUUCCACACAGUAGCUACACUAAAGCUUUCUGGACUGUGUUCCUUUAACAUCUGACUGUGCAGGCAGGUCUAAACCUUCAUUAAAAUUCUUACCUGUUGGAAUGCUUGAAAGGGGCCUUAAAUCCAGUAAUUUUGGGAAAGGGAGAGCAGGGUCCCCGACUGCCAGUUGUGUUGGUUCAGUUUAUUUACUGUGUCUGCAUAUUACAAAUGUGAAGGCUAGGAUGCAAGUGUCAGUGAAUGAUUUAUUUGCUUUAGUUAGAUGAUGCCCUUCUCAGCCUCCUUCAUAAAUAUUUACAAAGCUGCCUUUGUUCUUUUUAGUGAGAACAAGAAGAGAAUUCCCUUCAGCAGAACCAUAUAUAUAUGUAUAUCCUGUAUGACUAUAACUAACAAGACGUGCUCAUUUUGUGGUGUUUCCAUUUUUUAAAGAAAGCUCUAAGGAAAAGAAUCCCUGUAUUCUCUUCAAAUGUUCAAGUUCCGAAUGUUGAACCAAGUAGCUGAUUCUGGAGAAUGUUGGUGAAACUUGCCACUUUUUUGUCCUUGCUGUACAUUAUUUGUUGUGAUUGUAAUUAAUUUAAUUUGAUGAUUAUUGUGGAAAAGAGCUAAGCAAAACCAACAAGGAGAUCCUGGUGCUUAUAAAGGUCAUUAAUCAAAAAGUAAGAAGAAAGAGAACUAAUUGUAUCUGUUUAUGAGUUUCCAGCAACCUAAUCCUAGUGCAGCUUACCCCUGUGCUUUCUGAUAUGUUUUUUUAUGUAAACAGUUCAUCUCAUGAGAAUUUUUAUAUAUUGGCACCCAACCUGCAGUAUCAAAUCUUUGCUCUAGUCUUUGUAAAACUUACAAGAGAAACAGUUUUGUUUUCCAUCCCUUAUGAAUUUUGCACAGUGAGAGGAAGGAAGUGUCAUUCCAAAUAGUCAACGUAAAUGCUAUUAAUCUCUGAAAAUCUCUAUUGAAGCCAAAUUUGGUAGUGUUUUCAGCUUGUACUUUUCUGUUUAAAAUCUGGACUUUCAGGUAGUAUAGGCUGAUGCCUAUUUUUAGCAUGGUAAGCCAAAUAUUUAACUUGGUAUUUGCCUGCAGAAGUUUUUUCAGGGAGCAGAUGUGUUGGAUUGUACCUCUCCAAAUGGCCCAGCUUUCGGCUGAUUAAUCUUUGUUAAAGCUUCCUCCUGUAAUUUUAGUGAUGCAUUUCUGACUUUUAAAUUAGAUAUAUGUUUGUGGCCUGAAUACAAGAACCUUACGUUUUGAUUUUACCAUUUUCAUGGGUUUUUUUAAACUGGUUAUGUUACAGUGAAUAUUAUAUUACAGAUAUACAAGGCUGGGUUGCAGAAAACUCUGACUUAGGUCUAUUAGCACAGAUAUUGAUUCAGCAGCUUUGAAUUUAUUUAUAUUACAUCGUAAUUUCAGAAAUUGAAAUUACUGUAAUUUAAGCUAAGGUUGAGAUAUGUAAAUAAUGAGUUUGCUCAAAAAUUACUUGUUCUGAUUCUCUAUUUACAUGCCCAAAUGUAAUACAAAUAAAUUGGAAAAAUCCCUGCAAAAGUCCUUAAAUUUGUACCAGUACCUGCAAAAAGCAAUGGAUUUUUAAUCCUCUUCAUAAAAACUUUAAUCAAGUAAAUACCCUUGCAUAGGCAGAGCACCAGGAGGAGCUUGUACUUAAUUAAGAAAUCUCGAUGAAGAAAUGGCGAUCAAGAAACGACAUUUGACCAAUAAAUCAAUCUCUUUUAUUCCGUUUUUACCUUACCUCUGUUGGUGUACAUAAUUCUAUUUAAUGUUUAUUGCCAGACGGAUUGUUUUCCAUUAAAAGCCUAUUUGCUACC